AUGGCUGGUAAUACAGCAUCGAAGAAGACGACAUGGCGCCAUGUGAGACCAUGGCUAGCGGAGUUCAUCUGGUGCGCUCUUGCACUCUCAUUCUUCGGAGCCCUGGUUGCUGUUUUAUUCCACUUCGAUAAUCAUCCGCUUCCAGACUGGCCACUAGGACUCACGGUGAAUACCAUAAUCGCACUUCUCUCGACUAUUUGUCGUGCUAUGGUCAUUGUUCCGAUAGAGGAGGGACUAUCGCAGCUAAAAUGGAACUGGUUUGCAACAGGGAGACGGCCGUUGAAACAUUUGCAUGAUUUUGAUCAAGCGAGCAGAGGCCCAUGGGGCGCUAUGUGCCUGGUACCAAAAAUCAGAGGAGGGUUCAUUUAUUUCAGCGCUGUUGCAGCUCUUGUUUGGGCGACGGGCAUUGCUACAUCAUUUGUUACACAAUCGACGAUAACAUAUCGGCCUGAGAACAUCCUCGUACCAAAUGGAACUGCUUCCGUACAAGUUUCUCGAUCCUUCCCCCAGUCCUUGUUAGACUCGGGUCUCGAAAGUCAGGAUGUGUUUGAGGGUGUCACACGUGGUGCAUAUCAAGCGGCCUUUUAUACUGUCAACCAAACACUUCCUCACGUUGAACCCGCUUGUUCUACAAUGCUAUGCGAAUGGCCACCGGUCUUAUCGCUUGGUCUUUGCGCUAGCAUAAAGAAUGUCACUGAAUAUCUUAACGUAUCAGGGCCUACAGAAGGCGUAGAUGGAGUGAGAUUAUACAAUGCCUCAUUGCCCAACGGCUUAGGGUUUUUGAAUUUUACGGAGAAGUUCCAUGUCAUGACGAACAUCUCUUCCCCCGUUCACCAGCAACCCGAAGAUGAUGAUAAAGUUCCAAGACGAAAGAUGUUAUCGGAGUGGGAUGCCGAUGUUAAAGAAGCAACAGUUGCACAUUUCUUUAUCAUUUACAGCAAUGCCAGUCCUAACAUGAAGACCAGAUUUCGAGCUAUGGAGCUGAUAUGGCAUUUUUGCGUUCAGAAUUAUGCCGUCCAAGUCAAGGAUGGUAUAGAUAGCACGACAAUAUCAGCAUCUUCUGUCAACAUCAGCUCCUCGACCUCUACCUCGAACGAUAAUAGUACAUGGAACUCGUUUAUUCUCUCAGACGAUAAAGGACGAGGAUCUUUCAACGUCACUACCUCGUUAGUCCAUAUCCGAAUCGAUAAAGAUUUCCGACAGGCCUUCUCUGGCUCCUGGUCUUCUGAUCUAAGUAAUCACUUCUCCUCAGGACUAGCAUACCAGUUUGGAUAUAAUCUCAUGAGCGGAGUUUCCGGUACAACACCUGAUGAAGAAUUUGACGAUUUGACUUGGAAGAACCUACAGACAUAUGCAAAUAACAUCGCUAAAGGAAUGACAGCAUUUAUUAGAUCUGCUGAAACACAGGGCUCUGCAAGAGGAACGAGUUUCAAUCGAGAGACCUAUAUGUUUGUACGUUGGCAGUGGUUGACAUUGCUAGCUGGUCAAGUUGGUUUUACUGUGGCUUUUGUCGUGGCCAUCGUAAUCCACACUGCCAGGAUAGGCGUCGAUGUCGUCAAGAGCUCUAACGCUACUGAGCUCUUUGCUCUUCAGGAGAACAGAUCUCAGGAAAAUGGUAUUGCGGAGAAGUCGCAGUCAUGGGGGAUCAGAACCAAGGUUGGAAAGGCCUCCGAAGGGAUAUUGAUCGAAAGUGGAGGAGGAUGGAAGCUCCAGGUUUGA